AUGUCGUUGUCGAUCGACACGUUCCAUCAACGCGGUGGGCGCUGCAAGAUAGUCGAGUCCGAAGAGGGCGAAGCAUUGCAAUGUAGCGCAGACCAAGUGGCAAGGUGGGAAGCGAAGCAGAAGCAAGAAAGGAGCAUGCAGCAUCAGAAGGGCCGAGUGCAGCAGUCUCAUCUGUGGAAGGCCAGGGCUCAAGUGGACAAGUUCCUGCAACACCACGGCAUUCACAGUGACAGCUAUGAUGUCAAUGUGGCUAAAAAGUCGUUUGGCGGGUUGUACCGAACCUAUCCACUUCAUCUCGCAGCAAAGGAGGGAGACUGGCACAUGGUUCGUUUGCUCCUCCACUUCGGCGCAGACCCUUUGCAGGUGGACAGCUGCGGAAGAACUCCUCACGACUGCAUGGGGCUUCUGGAAUGGCGCGAUGCGGAUGACAACCUGGUGAUCCUGACGCCUCUUAACGACAAGGCGGCGCGGCCCUUGAACAGUUUCCUGGUCAGCGCCUGGCGGUCGAAUCUCCGGGAGCACCUGCAGGGCACCUUCCGCGCGGAGGAAGCCACGGGUGGAAGGAACCGCUACAAUGUCGUCAUCAUGUCAGCAACGAAGUCGCCCCUGGACAUCCGCGGCAAGCUUACCUUGGAGAACCCCAACGGGCAGCAGCUGAGUAUCCAGGAUGUCUACGUGCCGAAGACCCUCCUUGUUGCAGCGAACAUCUACUUGAUGACAGCUGUGUUUACUGCACUGGGCCUGAUCACCCGACCACGCAGUGGCCGAAAUGCCCUGCACUGCUUAGCUCUCACGGUCAUUUUCCUCCGGGGCGUCUCGCUGCUGCUGCGUUGGUUGGAUUAUCGCAUCAUCGCGACCACCGGCGUUGAGUCCUCCGCCGUAGACAUCACCUGGAAGCUGCUUUCCAAGGUGCAAAAUAUCUUAGAGCUCAUGUCCUUCCUCUUGAUCUCCUUGGGCUGGAAGGUGCUGAGAAGCAGCCUGGACGUGUCGGAAAUCCGCUUCGCUGUGGCUGUCUCCAUCAUCUCCUUCUACUUAGGCGUCUUCCAGGUGGCGUGCACGACGCAAGCCACCUGCUCUGGAUAUCAGCUCAGCCGCUACAUCCUUCACUCCCUGUGCUUCUUGGUGGUCAUCGUCGCCAUGAACUUUAACUUGCAGAAGUUGGCGUCUGCCAUUUCCGAAGCACCAGCUACCGUGGAGAGCGGGAAGCUGUAUCGGAAGCUUAGCGCCUACUACAUUUUUCGGUGGGUCUUCCUUGGCUUCAUCAUCGCUCCGACAGUAGAGCUCUUCCUCAAGGUCACUGUGGUUCCUUGGGAUGCGCAAUGGCUGUACAUCGCCAUACAGGAGCUCCGAACUUGGGUCAUCUACGCGCUGCUGAUCUAUGCCUUUCGGAUGACUCCCGCCUCGCCCCGGGUUUUCGAGCUCACCCGAGAAGUCGUCACACCGCGCGAGGGCGAAGGAGGGAACGAUGCCAACAGUGAGGCUGGCUCAGAAGAGGACAUGCCGGCACCACCCUGGGCAUGA